CCAAACGUUCAUUUGUAGUGUUGUCGAACAAUAUGAGCUUCCUUGCAGCAGUUCUUGUGUUGUCGGCAGUAAUAAGUUUUGCUCCUACUGCCGCCCCAUCAAAAAGUAAUUAUCCCAUAGCCAAACCCAACUGUGAUGAUCAUUGUGGGAACGUAAGCAUCCCAUUUCCCUUUGGUUUGACCCCAGAUUGUUCUCUAAACUCAGACUUCUUCAUCAAUUGCGCCACUUCCAUUGAUGGUUCUCCUACGCCAUUGUUAGGGCACGGUAAUCUACGGGUAAGAAGGAUAUCAAUUGAAGGGCAGUUGAUCGUGAUGAAACACAUAGCUAAAUAUUGCGAUGAAGGUAACAGCCCACAGGACAAAUCAUCAUGGAUCAGAUUAUCAAAACAGUACGUCAACCAGACCGCCAAUAAGUUCAUCGCUGUGGGCUGCAGCACUACUGCCACUGUCUUGGGAGAAGACAAUGGACGGUCGUACCAAAUUGGUUGUAUAGCCACCUGUAACCGCUUCCAAGGUGUGCCAAAUGGGACUUGCUCGGGAAUCGGGUGUUGCCAGAUGAAUGACAUUCCUAUCGUGACCAGGAACCUGAAUUUUAAAUUGGAAACCAAGGCGACGAAAACAGAUGGCAUUAUUACUGAUUGUAGCUAUGCCUUUGUGGUGAAAAAGGACGAGUUCCACUUCUCCUCCGAUAUGCUUACCCAACAAUGGGAAGUGCAGAGAAUGCCAAUGGUAAUUGAUUGGGUCAUCUUCAACGAUACGUGCAGUAACUCAGGCAGAACAUGCCAAGGUAACACCACAUGUGUCCCUUUUGAAGGUCCUGAUGGGGGAUACAGAUGCGCUUGUGAGAAGGGUUAUGAAGGCAAUCCAUAUCUCCAUCCUGGUUGCCUAGAUAUUGAUGAAUGUGCAGAUGAUGGACAGAACGACUGCUCCUCCAAAAACGCCACUUGCUUCAAUACACUAGGCGGUUACAAUUGCACUUGCAAGGCAGGUUACAUUGACGAUGCGAAAGGCGGUGGCUGCCAAUUACCUAUUAAAUAUGAAUGCAAAGAUAAUAAUGGAAAAGGCUGCCAUUCGUCUAACAGAGUGAACUUCGUAGCUAUGGGUGUCGCUUUAGGCAUGAUAGUGCUGCUGAUCACUGUUUUUUCUCUGUACUGGGAGCAUCGGCGGAGAAAAUCAGUACAAAUGAAGGAGAAAUUUUUUAGAGAGAAUGGAGGACUGAUUCUGCAACAGAGGAUUGUCCAAGGUGGUGCAUCUUCCAGCACAACAAGAAUUUUCACUGCCCAGGAACUUGAAAAAGCCACCAACAACUAUGACCAAACUAAAAUUAUUGGUCAAGGAGGUUUUGGCAUUGUUUACAAAGGACACCUUCUUGAUGGUCAAGUAGUAGCUGUUAAAAGGUCCAAAAUAAUGGACACAACCCAAGUCGAGCAGUUCAUCAAUGAGAACAAAGACAAAGCAUCGGUGUUACCUUGGUCGACUCGUUUAAGAAUAGCUACAGAAACCGCUGAAGUACUCUCUUAUUUGCAUUCUGCAGCCUCUCCUCCCAUCAUCCACAGAGAUGUUAAAUCUGUGAAUAUUCUCCUCGAUAAUGAUUAUACUGCCAAGGUAUCCGAUUUUGGUGCAUCGAGAUUAGUUCCUCAAGAUAAAACUCAAUUGACAACAAUGGUGCAAGGGACAUUUGGUUAUCUAGAUCCCGAGUACAUGCAAACUCAUCAUUUAACAGAAAAGAGUGAUGUUUAUAGCUUUGGAGUUGUCCUUGUAGAAUUACUAACAAGUAAGAGGGCCAUAUCUUUUGAUGGCCCAGAGUUGGAGAGAAAUCUAUCUCAACAUUUUCUUUCAUUGUUAAAAGAAAACAAGUUGUUCAAGAUUCUUGAUGGAAACAUUUUAUGCCAGGAAAACAUUACUGAGGAGUUACAAGAGGUUGCCUUACUUGCAAAAAGGUGUUUGUAUUUUAAAGGGGACGAUAGGCCAAAGAUGAAGGAAGUAGCAAUGGAAUUAGGUGGAUUGAGGAGAGCAACUAAACAUUCAUGGGCUAAUAAUUCAGAGACUUCCAUAGAAUCACAGGCUUUAGUUAUGAAGCAAUCAAUUUCCUUAAAAGAUCAUUUGGAGCUACCACUAUCUAGCCGCUAUGGAAGAUAAUUGUAACUUGUCCAUUUCAAUAAAUUAGUCAUUUUUUUGUGACCA